AUGGAGGAAUUUGGCUCAGCAUCGUCUAGAUGCGCUUUCGUACGACUACGGGUUCACAGAGGACGUAACUUCUGGAUCGUAAGUGCUCACGCACCUACGAAAACCGCUGAGGACAACAGUAAAGACGAAUUCGAUGGUGAACGCAAUGCGUUGAUGUCUAAAAUACCAAGCCAGCAGGUGGUCAUUGUCGGAGUCGACGCAAAUGCGAAGAUGGGACUCGAACAGCAAUCCGAUGUGCUAGGAAAAUGGUAUCAUGCAGCGGAGCGCAGGCCGGACAACGGUGACCGUUUUAACGCCUGA